UCAUGGCGCCCCCACCACGCUUCCCGCCGCCUCCGCCGCGCCGCUCUCAGGCUCUAGGAGGAGCGCCGAGCUAGAACGCGAGGCGGCGCGGCUGGAGCGCCGUUGUGAGGGGCUGCUUGUUGCAGCCGCGUCUGUGCUCGCUCUCCUCGAGGUCCCUGGGCCGCUGUGCGUCUCUAGUCCGGGACCAAAGCCGCAGGCCGUAGCGGGCGGCCGGAUCUGCGUCCCGCCUCAGCGCCCGGAGGACAUGCGGGAGAGAGAAUGAGCCAGAGGGACACGUUGGUGCAUCUGUUUGCUGGGGGAUGUGGUGGUACAGUGGGAGCUAUUCUGACAUGUCCACUGGAAGUUGUCAAAACACGGCUGCAGUCAUCUUCUGUGACACUUUAUAUCUCUGAAGUUCAGCUGAACACCAUGGCUGGGGCCAGUGUCAACCGAGUGGUCUCUCCUGGACCUCUACAUUGCCUAAAGGUGAUCUUAGAAAAAGAAGGGCCUCGUUCCUUGUUUAGAGGAUUAGGGCCCAAUUUAGUGGGGGUGGCUCCUUCCAGAGCAAUAUACUUUGCUGCUUAUUCAUAUUGCAAGGAGAAGCUGAAUGGUGUAUUUGAUCCUGAUUCUACCCAGGUACACAUGAUUUCAGCUGCAAUGGCAGGUUUUACGGCAAUUACAGCAACCAACCCCAUUUGGCUUAUAAAGACUCGGCUCCAGCUUGAUGCAAGGAACCGUGGGGAAAAACGAAUGGGUGCUUUUGAAUGUAUUCGUAAAGUGUAUCAGACAGAUGGACUUAGAGGAUUUUAUAGGGGCAUGUCUGCUUCAUAUGCUGGCAUAUCAGAGACUGUUAUUCAUUUUGUUAUUUAUGAAAGUAUUAAGCAAAAACUUGUGGAAUGUAAGACUGCUUCUACAAUGGAAGAUGAUGAAGAGUCUGUGAAAGAAGCAUCAGAUUUUGUGGGAAUGAUGUUGGCUGCUGCCACCUCAAAAACUUGUGCCACAACUAUAGCGUAUCCACAUGAAGUUGUAAGAACAAGACUACGUGAAGAAGGAACAAAAUACAGAUCUUUUUUUCAGACGUUGUCUUUGGUUGUUCAAGAAGAAGGUUUUGGGUCCCUUUAUCGUGGUCUAACAACCCAUCUGGUGAGACAGAUUCCAAACACAGCCAUUAUGAUGGCCACCUAUGAACUGGUCGUCUACCUGCUCAAUGGAUAGCAACAUCCCGGUGCCAUCUAUAAAGAGGGAAGACCAAAAGAUGACAGUGGACCAUGGUAUAUCAAAGCCAGCAGAUGGACAGAAGGAAGAUAGUUUGGGAACAUGUAACUAUGCCUAAGUGGAAGUUUGGUUGUAGGAAUUGAUAUAAUCACCCACAUUACUACUUCUUUUUGGAAAUGUGAAAAACCUCGGCUGCCUCCAAGGAAAUGCCUUUAAAAGCUCUCCUUUCUGAAAAUUGCCAUUUUCUCUAUCAUGUCUGCCUGACACAGUUGAAUUUUGUUAAUUUAUGGCAGCGAGAGUAUACUGUUGUUUAUUCCAUGUGCACUUUUCCAGUCUGCUAAAUAAAGCCAUCCCUUAACUGUAUACUGUAUUAUAACUUCCCAAAGAUAGUAUUGACAGUCAUGAAUUUCUGGCUUCUGGCUUCUGUUCAGUAUCUGUAAAAUUGCAAAUAUUAACAGUAGGUCCUCAGUAUUUUCACAUUUCCCUGAUAGAACCUGGCACAAUAUUAUUUGACAUUAGUAUUCACUCUUUUUGACAACCAAUGAAAUAGUGUCUAAAUAUCUUGUAUAUUUUCAGCAUUAAUUGGUUUUGGUUUCCACUUCUAACAGGUGCUUGCUAUUUAGCAUAAUGGGGACAUUUAAAUUUUUCAUUAAAACAUCAAACUCAAAUGGUAAUAGUUUGGGAUAGAAUAAACCAAUAAAAUGUUGAUUCUUGGCCAUUUUGGUGAUUUAAGCAUGUCCUCAUAUCUUUUCUAUCUUUAUGAUACAUGAAUGAAGACAGCUGACAGAAUCUACUGUCUUUUCAUUGAUUUAUUAGUUGUGAGCCUAAAUUAUCAUCUGCUUAUCAUACCUAGGUAUCAUUUAGUUAAAGGAGAAACUUCUGAAUUUUUCUCUGCUUGCUUUUGCAUUAAGAAUCUGAAUCUUUGAGUUAUUUCCGGAAGCUGUAUAUAUAUAGAUUGCAUUUAUUUUAUAGAGAAAAUGGUCACUUUUAGCUUUCCCAUUAUAAGUUUUUUUUUUUUUUUAAGAUGACAUUGUAUUAAUACCUGGGACAUAUAAACAUCAUAGAAGAAGGGCCCUCUGCUGUUUGAUUCAACAGGUAAUGAUUUUAAUUGACUUACAAUUUUGUAAAUGAACAAACCGCUUUUGGCAGAAGUUUAUUCUAAUUUCCUGAAUGGUAAAUCAUAGAUUCAAGUUAAUUCAUGUUAAAUGUGCCAGCAGGAUAUAACUUAAAUUUUGCUAUUGAGUUCAACUGCACCAAUAUAUGAUAUAUAUGGCCCUUUCAGAAGAUGUUCACUUAAAUCUGUUAAGAGAUUUUGCCUAUGAAUGUUGCUAGAUUGGUGUAUAAAACUUGUACAAUUAAACUCCAGUGUGGUACUCAUUUCAGUGUACAUAAACUGUACAUUUUGUGCAAUGGCUUUAUCUUAAGAAUGACUCUUUAUGAUUGCACUUUGUGGCCUUUUCUCAGGGGUGCAAGAGAGUAGGAGAGAAUUGCAUGUUCAAGAUUUUUUUUUAAGGUAUUCUUUGUAAACCGUAAUACCCUCAACGUGAUGGAAAAUUGCAGUAUGUCAUUACAAGCUUUCUCUGCUGUCACCAAUGAAACUGUUCCCUCAAAUUCUCCCACCUUCUUAACUACUUUGUAAUCAACAGUAACUGGGUGUUUUUGAGGUGCUUUGAUUGGAAUUAAAAAUAUUCCAACCUUUUGGGAAACCAAAGGCAAAUUCAGUUUCCUUACCUUUGGGAUUACUAAUACCUUUUAAGGUGAAUUUCAGCUUUGACAUUUUUUGAGAGGAACAUACCAAAAAAACAAAACCAAUAAUUUCUAGUUUAAAUCUGUAGAGAAAGUCUCAAUCUAUAGUGUUUGCCUUUUUAGGUGCCAUUUAUACUGCCUAAGAGUGCCAUUUGCCUUGUGAAGAUCUAAAAGCAUUAGUUGUGUUGAGUGUAGGACAGAGAUUCCCCCUAAUCUUAAUAUCUCAGUACCCCACAAAUGAAUAAGAAUGCUGCAUGAAAACCAGCAGCUAAGGAACAUCUUAUUAUUUAUUUGUAGCAUAUUCAUAACAAGUGUCCUUCAAGGAUGAACAUAUAUUCUGAUCCCGUUUGUACUUCGGAAGUAAAAUUACAUUGACCUUUAGUGCAUUAUAUUCAGCUUUUAAAAGUGAGUUUGAUGUAUGUACUGGAAGGAAAAAAGAUUCUUAGAGUCGUAGAUUUUGUUUCUUUGUACAACAGCUGGAAAGGAGAAAUGAAGUUUAUUUUAAUUGUUUUGUUUUCCCCAAAGGACAGUCUGCAAUAGUUUACUUUAUGUAUGACAGAGAUAAUUUUUUAAACUAUAUAAAAGUUGUAUAUAAAAUUUAUCUGUGAGGUAUUUCUUUGGAGAUUUUUAAAAUGUUUUCAAAUGUUUAAAAAGAAAAAUGCAUAUUCAAAGUGUUGGACUUUUUUUUUUAACUUUUUAUCAUUUGUUUUCUAUCAGAUAACGUUUAUUUAUGGUAUAGAGGUAGCCCACUUUAGGUUGUUACCUGCUUCUAUAAAAGAAUACUCAGAAGAUUGAAUAGAAUUUAUUCAGGUUCAUGCAGUAGAUACUGUAAGAACAUCUUGUAUUGCUAUAAUAGAGCAGCAGAUAGAACUCUGGUACCUGUUGGCUCAUUAAAACAGUUUCCUGAGUUGCAAAGUCCAAAUCUGAGAAUUAACCAACCCUGUCAUUUUGGGAUAACAUACAGUGCUUUUAAGUCCAUGAAAAACUUUCACCAAAGCUUUGUCUUAAUUCUCAUGUAUGUAACUUGGUGGAACCAUCCUUACUAGAUGGGGCCCACAAGUAAUAGAUUUGUAACUUCAAAACCGUGAUGGAAUAUCAUUAGAUUAUUUAAUUCUACUUUCUGUCUCCUAACAAAACCCAAUGCACAUUAUGAAACAGCACUAUUAUAUUAGGACCAGCACAGUUCAAGUUGUUAAAGAUAAUGUUUACCUUUUUACCAGAAUAUAAACAUUUCAGCAUUUUAAGAUUUGUUUUAAAUUAUUAAAAAUGUUGAUUUGACUUUGAAGGGUUUAAGUGCUAGAAAUCAGUCUAUUCUCAUUCUUUCAGCAUUGUUCAUGCCCAAUACUAGGUUGUUUACAUAGUCUUCUGCCCAGAUUGUUAGAACUAUAGGGACCCCUUUGGGUAAAAUAGUUUGGCCUUUUCCUCUUCCACUAUUGAUCAGGACUUUAACAUUCCUAAGAAAAUAGGUGUUUCUCAGUGAUUUACAUUAGAAGAAUUUUUAAUAUAUAAAAGCAUUUAGUAUAAUGUACUUUCUGCCCACUAAAAUCUCUUCUCCAUCAUGCCCAUAUAUUUCUUAUUAGCCUAUACACUGACUCUUACGCUACUCCUUUUAGAAACUGAAAACUGUAGUUUCACUCUCUUUUAGUGUUAAUAAACUUUUUGAAUGUGUACCCCUGCAUAUGUGAACAAUUAUAUUAUGACUUACAAACUGCUAGAGUCAAAUACAUAAGAGUUGAUGUCUGUUCAUAUGAAGUUUGCUAUUCUUGCAUUGAUGUACAUGGCUGUAAAUAAUGUGCAUUUACUCUGUAUUUAUGUUAACUGACUUAUUUGAAUUGUUAAAAUUCAAAAAAUUAAAAUGUGCUUAUGCAAA